AUGCACGCACCGGCGGAGGGCGGAGAGGCCGACAGCGUCGCCGUCUCGCGCGCCUCGUCCGGCGCGUCGGGCAGGUCGGAGCGUGUCAAAUCGCCCAAGGCCAAGCCAAUGCGCUCGCGUGCGUCGUCGAAUGCGUCCGUGCCGACGCCCCGCACGCAGGAGGAGUGGGAGUCGAUGGUGUGCGAGGCGUGCGGCGAAGGCAUCGACGACGACAAGGCGGAAGAGGGCAUUGUGCGCAUGUCCGAGUGCUUCUGGCACGUUGGCUGCUUUACGUGUAUUACCUGUGGGCGCCAGGUGCCGCUCGACCAGGACAAUGUGCUGCUGGUCGGCACGCAGCCCAUGUGCGGGGACUGCACCUUCAACUGCACCGCAUGCAACGAGGUGAUCGUCGACGAGGUCAUUAUGUGCGACCAGGAUCCGUACCACACGCACUGCUUCAGCUGCUCGUACUGCGAGCAGCCGAUCGAGUCGAAUAUUUUUGCCAAGAUGCCGGGCACGCUCGCUUGUGUCGCGUGCCAGGACCGGAUCGGGGACCACGCGCCGGCUGCUGUGCCGGCGACGCGCUCGCCGAGCUUGGGGAACGACGUCGAGACGCUGCACAGUACACGCAACUCGUCCAACGCAAGCGAGUACAGCGCCUCGUCGCUGCCGGUCGACGAGCCGGGCCGCGAGCCGAUCGACCUCACCGGGCUCUACCUCGAGGACUCGGCUUGGCGCAGGGGGUCGACCGCGACAGACACGGGCUCGGGCUCGUUCGAGCUCGCGUACGACCGCCUCUCGGAAAUGAUCCAGACCGAGAUCGUCCAGGCGUACUACUCGAUGCAGCAGUCGCGGGGGAAUACCCCGAUGCACGGUCUCGAGGAACGCCUCGCCUCGUCACCGACGCGCGCAGAUGCGCGCCGAGGCAGCAGGACACUGCAGCCGCCGACGGUCCGCAAGCAGCUCGCCCGCCGCAGCGACCGCCUCUCGCAGUCGUCCGAGGCGCGCGACCCGUGGAACAGGCCCACGUCGUACACCGACUCGGAGAUCAUGCGCUCGCUCUCGAUGUACGACAGCGAGUUUGACGCGCUGCUUGCGACGCCAGACCUCUCGGCACGCGUCCCGCCCGAGGGGCACGAGGGGCGCCUGUCGCGUGCGUCGAUGGAGAUCGUCGACCAGAUCGCCAACGAGCUCGCGCAUGUGCACGACGACGACGACGGGGACGACACGCCCGUGUCGCCCACCCUCAUGCGCCCGCGCGACGGGCCGUGGCGCAAAGAGGCGGGCGACGAAAGCGUCUUGCCAGACACCCCGGCGCCGCUCUCGGAGCAAGCGACACUGGAAAUGGAGCGCCGCAUCGCCCUUGCCGAGCUGCUGGCGAUCGACGACGCAGCCGCGCCGCCGGGCGCAAACGCAGGCGAAAAGACGUCGAUUCGCAGCCGCGUCGAGCUCGUCUUGCACUCGCUCAUGGCACACCUCGACACGGUCAAGCAAGAGUACGCCCAAGAGGUACAGGCGCUUGCCGCGCAGCAGCAGGUCCUGCGCCAAGAGAUCCGCCCCAUGAUGCAGCUGCGUGCAGCGCUGCACCAAGAGAACCAGCGCCUCGCCCAGCGUGCAGACGAGCUCGGUGCGCAGGUCGCGCAGCUCGAGGCGCGCUCGCUGCACGCCCAUGUAGAAAAGCCGCUGCCCAAGGCGCAAGAGGCUAACGGCGGUGUGCAGGUGACGCUCUCGCGCCAGGAGUCGGGCGCGUCGGCUGCGUCGCGCCUCGACGCGUCGCUCCCGCCGCUGCCGGUGCCCCGCAAGUUCCGCUGGAUCAAGCCGCGCCUCUUGUCGAACCACGAGCUGACGACGCUCGGCGAAACGCUCUUGCAGCCCGCGUUUGAAGUGAAGCGCAGCGCCACAUCAGUCAUCUCGCCGCCGGUGCCGCCCAAGAAUCUGCUCGCGGUGCCGUCCACGGAGCCGGUCCAGACGCACAUGCAUAUCUUCCAGCCGGCCAAUGUCCUGCGGCCGUCUGCGCGGUGCUUUGUCUGCAGCCGGAACCUGUGGGGACAGCAGGAGAUGCGGUGCACACAGUGCCAGCAAGUGUGCCACACGACGUGCGUCGCACACGUCUCGUCGGCGUGCUCAGCGGCCAACACGCCCCCGGCGCGCUCGCCGUCGGGCAGCCCGCACAUGCACAAGCGCUCGCUCUCCUCGUCGGGCGCCUCGAUGGUCGGCCGCGCCUUGCAGGAGCAGGUGCAGGUCGAGGGCACGCUGGUGCCCCGCCUCGUCGACUGGUGCGUGAUGGCCGUCGAAAAGAACGGCAUGGGCGACGAAGGCCUCUACCGCAAGUCGGGCGGCAGCCAGCAGCAGCGACUCAUCCUGCAGCUCUUUGACAGCGGCCAGUCGUUUGACCUCUGCGAUGCACACCAAUUUAACGAUAUUGGCGCUCUGACGAGCGUCCUCAAGCACUACCUUCGCGAAUUGCCCGAGCCGCUCAUUCCCAGCGACACCCACGACCUCUUUCUCGACUUCGGCGAGCGGGCCACCUCGACACCGCCCGAUGCGGCCCUGCCGGCCAUGCGCCGCCUGCUCAAGCGGCUCCCGGACGCGCACCGCGCGACGCUCGGCCGCCUGUGCCUCCAUCUGAAACGUGUCGAUCAGCACGCUGCGACGACACGCAUGACCUCACGAAACCUCGGGCUGGUGUUUGGACUCUUGAUUGAGCAUGCUCAAGCCCUCUUUACAUAA